AUGAAGCGCGAGAUGACGCAGGAGGACAAAGAGCUCGCCGCCGCGGGCUACGAGCACCUCGAACGGAAGCGGUCCAAGGGCGCCAACGACAAGGACGAAGAGCACGAGAAGGUCGACAUUACCGAGCACCAUUUGCCAUUCGCGGAGCUGGCGGCGGCGCUCCAGACGAGUAUCGAUACCAAGGACCCUGGGGCUUCUGACGGGCUGACAGAAGCGGAGGCCAAGGCUCGUCUGGCAAGAGACGGGCCCAACGUGCUCACCCCGCCGAAGAAGAAAUCCGCGCUCCGGAAGUACUGGGACUGUCUGGUGACCAUGUUCAACAUCCUGCUCAUCAUCGCAGGUAUUCUGGAAUAUAUCCUCCUCGGUAUCGACUUCAAGGAUAACUUCCAAAAUACCUACCUUGGCGGCAUCCUGAUCGCAGUCGCCUUCAUCAACGCGUUCAUCGAGUUUUACCAGCUGCAAAAGAGCGAAGCGAUCCUGGCUAGCUUCUUGGCUAUGAUCCCGCCUUCAUGCCGCGUCGUCCGCGACGGUACCAUCGCCUCCAUCCCGGCCAGCGACCUCGUCAAAGGCGACGUCGUCCUUGUCCGCUCCGGAGACAAAACGCCGGCCGACCUGCUGAUGUUCGCCGCGACGGACCUCAAGAUCGACAACAGCUCGCUCACGGGCGAGUCGGAGCCUCAAGAGCGUCGCGGUAUGCCGGACGGGUCGCCGUCUCGCCCGGCCGAAGCCGAGAACCUGCUGUUCAACUCGACCCUGGUCGUCAACGGCGAAGGAUGGGGCGUCGUUGUCCGCACCGGCGACCACACGUUUAUCGGGCAGAUCGCCAAGCUGACUGGCGGCGAAUCUGGUAACAAGAGUCCCCUCGGUGUCGAAAUUGGUCAAUUCGUGGUCGCAGUGUCGUGCAUCGCGAUCGUCUUCGCGAUCGUGUUUUUCGCUGUUGGUAUCACCACCGCAUACAAGGGCGAUGCGGCUCUCACCGUGACAUUCGCCGUGUCCAUCUUGGUAGCAUUCGUCCCGGAGGGUCUUCCUUCCGUCGUAACGCUGCUGUUAUCCAUCGCCGCGAAACGGAUGGCGUCCCAGAACGUGCUCGUCAAGGACCUCCAGGGAGUUGAGACACUUGGCUCGCUCACGUUGUUAGCGACCGACAAAACCGGAACUUUGACCAGAAACCAGAUGACGGUUACCAACCUAUGGAGCGGAGGCCGGAUGUUCACCGCCUUUCAGUCGCCGGGCAUGAAGGAGCUUGUUGACAUUGCGGCCCUCAAUUCGCGUAUCAAGUUUGAUAAGACGGACGUUCCCUUUGACCAGCGGCAGAUCUUGGGCGAUGCCACCGAGACCGGUCUCACACGUUUCGCUGGACGCCAUAUUGCAGACUACGAUGCUCACCAAAAGCAGUAUCCGAAAUUUUUCGAAGUGCCCUUCAACUCGACCAACAAGUGGGCUCUGGUUAUCCUUAAGAAACCACACUCCACCGGUGACCUAACCUUGUAUAUCAAAGGCGCUCCCGAACGCGUCCUCGCUAAAUGUUCGGCCUACCUCAAGGACGGAGAUAUCUAUCCUAUGACCGAUGAAUUCCGCAAAUCUUACGACGAUGCCUACAACUACAUGGCAAGUCGUGGUCACCGUGUGAUUGCUUGCGCGCAGAGCCUCCUGUCAGGGGAACACUAUUCACUCGAUUACGCGUUCUCCAAGAACGACGGAAACUACCCCAGCACCGACUACUGCUUUGUAGGCUUGGUCUCGCUCGAAGAUCCGCCUAAACAUGGUGUUCGUGAAGCCAUUGGUACACUUCGUCUUGCCGGCAUCAAGGUCAUGAUGGUUACCGGCGACCAUCCUCUCACGGCGGAGGCGAUAGCCAGGAAGAUCAAUCUGAUCCUCGGUGACACCAAAGAAAGCCUCGCAAAGAAGACAAACCGACCUGUGGAAGAGAUAUACGAGGACGAAGUGACGGCCGUAGUCGUUCACGGCGACGACAUCGAUGGGUUGCAGGGGUGGCAAUGGGAUCAGAUCUUCAGCAAACAGGAAAUCGUGUUCGCCCGCACGUCUCCACAACACAAGCUUGAAAUCGUCAAACGCGCUCAGGCGCUGGGCCACAUCGUUGGAGUAACCGGAGAUGGCGUUAACGACAGUCCCGCGCUUAAGAAGGCCGAUCUCGGUAUUGCCAUGAAUAUCUCCGGAUCCGAUGUCUCGAAAGAGGCGGCGAACAUGAUCCUUCUAGAUGACAACUUCGCAUCCACUGUCAAAGGCGUAGCAGAAGGUCGUCAGAUAUUCGUGAAUCUCAAGCGCUCGAUUCAAUACACCAUCUCGCACAGCACGCCUGAGGUCAUCCCGCAACUGCUCUAUGUCGUCGUCCCGAUACCUCUGCCCUUGUCUGCGAUUUUGAUCCUCGUUAUUGAUCUCGGAUUUGAACUUUUCGUUGCACUUUCGUUCGCAUGGGAUCAGCCAGAGACUGUGGAUGGACUGAUGCGGCUAGGCCCACGUAAGCCUGUGAACGAACGCUCCAUCAACGCCCUCAAGUCGCGCGCCCUUCGUCGAACGAAGACCCUCCGCCGCGACCCCGAAACAAACGACAUUAUACCGCCCUCCCGGGGGAGCGUCGUCCUCGGAAAACUCAGAGCACCAUUCACGCGUGAAUUCUGGGAGGACAAGUUCGAGAAGACGGAAAACGAGACGCUUGUGGACAAGAAGUUACUCAGUUAUGCCUAUCUGGAAGCGGGUAUGAUCGAGACCGUUGGAUGCUUGGUCGCCUACUUCGUGGUGUUUUUCGCAUCUGGCUUCUCUCCUUCUGAUCUGGUUCGCGCUCAGAAGGCAUCCGUCAAUCAUGGUGUGUUCGGCUCGGCACGUCAGAUGUGGUGCUGGUGCUUACCUUCAACUGGUACAGGCACGGCGUUCUUCACAAAACACAGUCCAGACUUCAUUAACUAUCAAGGAAAAUCGAUUAAUGCUCAUCAACAAAUCAACGCGCUGGCCAAGGCACAAUCAAUAGUGUACCUAUCCGUUUUCAUCCAGCAAUGUUUCAAUGUGUUUGCGGUCAAAGCCAACUUCCGCUUCCCCUUCGGUCGCCGUGUCAUCGGCAACAAGUGGAACUUCGCUGGUAUCUUUGCAGGCGCGUGCUUGGGCAUGUUCAUCAUCUAUACGCCUCCGCUUCAUGUCGUCUUCGGCGGCACGGACAAACUCAGCCCGCUUUACUGGCUGAUACCUGUCGGAUUUGGCUGUGUGAUGCUGGCCUGGGCAUGUAUCCGGGUUCUAUUGAUGAAGAAGGCAAUCGAGGACAAACGCGUCAAGGAUAUCAAAGGACUGAUGAUGUUGACGUUUGCCCGCAAUGUUCCAAACACAUAUUACGCAAGCAGUACAGCACCACGAGGAUACGUACCAUGCAUGUACUAUCGCGUCAUGUACCGCGCUGUAUCUGUCAUCUGUCCUCUGUGA